CCGGGACAGCGGAAGGAUAUUACAUUGUUGUUUAUAUAAACCCCUCCGCUGCUUUUGUCCGUUAAAAUCUGACAGUAUUCAGCAAACGGAGUGACGAACACCGGUGGGAGCAAUUUGCUUUGUCAAGAUGCAGAUCUUUGUAAAGACCCUGACUGGCAAGACCAUCACCCUGGAGGUGGAGCCCAGCGACACCAUUGAAAAUGUCAAGGCCAAGAUCCAGGAUAAGGAAGGCAUCCCUCCGGACCAGCAGCGUCUAAUCUUUGCUGGCAAACAGCUGGAAGAUGGUCGCACCCUCUCCGACUACAACAUCCAGAAGGAGUCCACCCUCCAUCUUGUGCUUCGUCUGAGGGGAGGUAUGCAGAUCUUCGUGAAGACCCUGACUGGCAAGACCAUCACCCUGGAGGUGGAGCCCAGCGACACCAUUGAGAAUGUGAAGGCCAAGAUCCAGGAUAAGGAAGGCAUCCCUCCGGACCAGCAGCGUCUAAUCUUUGCUGGCAAGCAGCUGGAAGAUGGUCGCACCCUCUCCGACUACAACAUUCAGAAAGAAUCCACUCUCCACCUGGUCUUGCGUCUGAGGGGAGGUAUGCAGAUCUUUGUCAAGACCCUGACUGGCAAGACCAUCACCCUGGAGGUGGAGCCCAGUGACACCAUUGAGAAUGUGAAGGCCAAGAUCCAGGAUAAGGAAGGCAUCCCUCCUGACCAGCAGCGUCUGAUUUUUGCUGGCAAGCAGCUGGAAGAUGGUCGCACCCUCUCCGACUACAACAUUCAGAAAGAAUCCACUCUCCAUCUUGUGCUCCGUCUGAGAGGAGGAAACUGAUCUGCUUCUGUUCAGAUGUCUCCACAUACCCACCAUUUAUUCCAGGGUUUGGAUCACUCCUGAUCAGCUAUCAGUCAUUCCUUUUUCUUUUAAGUUUCCUGACUUUUUUGUUUGACUUUUAAUGAUCUCACUUUGCUUUUUGUCUGCUUUGGCUGACCGUUGAUGCUCUUUGGCUUCUAGAACCUAAUUUGAGGUCAUUUUGUGACAAAAUACACAAAUGUGAUUGAAGCAGUUGUUUUCAUGACUUCUUGCUGUUACAGUGUUCAUAACUAAUAAAAUGGCUUUAACUGUCA